CUUACCGCUGUUUGAAUUUCAUUUUUUGUUUUGGUUAAUUUUUCAAUAAUCAAUUUGAGUUUUGGACAAUUAAUUGAUUGAGUUUUUUGUCCUUAAUCAGUUUUAGAUUUUUAUAUAGUCAUAAUGGAAUCAAUUAUUGAACAGCAGAGGAAUUGGCAUGAAGAACGUGAGAGAGUUGAAGAUACUAUGGUUAAGGAAAUGAUGGCUAAGAAAACCAGUAACAAAGAUCAAAUCAAUAGUGAACAUAGACUGAAAACCCUGUUGGAUAGAUACAUUGAGGUGUCCCAAAGUUUAAUCGAUUCGUAUGAGGAUAAAGAUGGUCUAAGGAAGGAGGAAAUGGCCUCAAUGACGGGUUCUAAUGAGUUUUCUGAGUUUUAUGGGCGUUUAAGGACAAUCAAAGAGUUUUAUAAAAAGAGUCCAAAUGAAUCUAUUCGUCCAAUGUCUCUUGAAUUUGAUGAUUUUCUGAAAGAGCGAGAGACUGGUGGUGAUCUGGUUGAUUUUACGGCUGAGGAAGGAUAUGGGAAGUUUCUUGAUCUAAAUGAUUGUUUUCUUAAAUAUCGUAACCUUAAAGGGAUUGAGAAAAUUAAUUAUCUCAAGUAUCUUAGUCAAUUUGAUAAUCUUUUUGAUAUACCUAAAGACCGAAAGAUGACUACCGAGUACAAACAGUAUCUAGAAUCUCUUCUAGAUUAUCUCAUGGAUUAUUGUUCAAGAGUUAAACCUUUAUUAGACCUCGAAGAUCAAGUUAAACAAAUAUCAGUGGAAUUUGAGAAACAAUGGGAAUCCGGUAAUUUUCCUGGUUGGCCUAAAGAAACAAGCAGUGCUUUAACUCGAUCAGGAGCACAAUUAGAUCUUUCAGCUUUCUCAUCGGCAGCAGAACUUGCAUCACUUGGACUCGACCGUCUUAAAACCGCUUUGAUGGCCUUAAACCUCAAAUGUGGAGGAACAUUAGAAGAACGUGCCAAUCGUCUAUGGUCAACAAAAGGUAAAACGAUGGACGAAUUGGAUCCAAAUCUAUUUGCUAAAGGAAAACCUGGAAAAGUUCGUAAAAAUGUGGAAAUGGAAAAGCGAAAGGGGAUCGCAUUUCUGGAAGCACAGAUCUACAAUUUCUCAGAGAUUUUAUCAGAACAACGUCAUGCAACCAAAGAGAAUGUCCAACGUAAACAAGCUCGAACUGUAGGUGAGCGUGAGGCCUCCGAUGAAGAUGAUUCCGAUACCGAAUCAGAAGACGAACCAGAUUCCGAGGUUAUUUAUAAUCCAAAAAAUGUUCCUCUUGGUUGGGAUGGUAAACCAAUACCUUAUUGGCUCUACAAGUUACAUGGACUAAAUAUAACAUUUACCUGUGAGAUUUGUGGUAAUGCGACUUACAAAGGACCAAAAGCAUUUCAAUUACAUUUCGCUGAAUGGCGACAUGCCCACGGGAUGAGAUGUCUUGGAAUACCCAACACGGCGCAUUUUGCCAACGUAACUCAAAUUGAAGAUGCGCUUAAAUUGUGGCACAAAUUGAAAGAUGAAAAACAAAAGGAAAAAUUUCAAACAUCAACAGAGGAGGAAUAUGAAGACUCUGAAGGAAGAGUUGUCACCAAAAAGACUUACGAAGAUUUAAAGAGACAAGGAUUACUUUGAUUACAAUUAGUGGCAAUUUCCAAUCAAAAAAUCUUUGAUUCUUUUGUAAAUAUCCUAAAUCAUUGACCAAUCUCUCUCUCUCUCUUUUCAAUCGUAAUUAAGUAAACAAUUAAUACUUUACUGUACAACAAUUUAAACAUUAAUCAUAAAACCAAAACAACCACUUGACUGUCA